AUGCCUAAAGUUGCGAGACAGAAGCGUAACAACGCUUCACAGGGUCUUUCAGAUGCUGCCGCCAAGACCAAAGCUGCUCACAGCAUCUUCAAGAUGAACACUGAUAUUGGCCAGCACGUUUUGAAGAACCCUGGUAUUGCAGCUGCCAUUGUGGAAAAGGCCGAGCUCAAGCAAAGCGACAUCGUCCUUGAAAUCGGUCCCGGAACUGGUAACUUGACAGCCAAGAUUCUUGAGAAGGCGAAGAAGUGUAUCGCCGUCGAAUUGGACCCUCGUAUGGCUGCCGAAGUCACCAAGCGUUUCCAAUCCACCCCAUACCAAAAACGCCUAGAAGUUAUUCUUGGAGACGUGAUGAAGACGGAGCUCCCAUAUUUUGAUGUCUGCAUCAGUAAUACCCCCUACCAGAUUUCUUCUCCUCUCACAUUCAAGCUUUUGGCUACCUCCCCGGCUCCGCGCAGCUGUAUUCUCAUGUUCCAACGUGAAUUCGCCCUGCGAUUAUUCGCCAAGCCCGGCGACAAGCUCUACAGUCGACUCUCUGUCAACGCGCAAAUGUGGGCCAAGAUCGACCACAUCAUGAAGGUUGGCAAGAACAACUUCAAGCCCCCGCCCCAGGUCGAGUCUAGUGUCAUCCGAAUGGUUCCCAAGAACCCACGGCCGCAGAUCAACUACGAGGAAUGGGACGGACUGCUGCGCAUCGUUUUCGUGCGUAAGAACAAGACCCUCCGGUCUAGUUUCAUUGGAACUCAAAGCAUCAUGGAAAUGCUAGAAGGCAACUACCGAACAUGGUGUGCGCAAAAUGACAUCCCCGUUGAGGAUGGCCCGGUUGAGGUUGCCAAUGACGAUGCGAUGAUGGAUAUGGGCGAAGAGCAGGAGCAGGCUCCUGAGGAGCCCGCCGACGAGGUCAUGGACAUGGAUGACGACGAUGUCCCUGACUUCUUCAAGGAGGAGACCAACGCUCGUAUUGAAGCAGCGCUUAAGAACGGAGCUUCGCGCAAGAAGCGGGGCAAGGUUGCAGAACUUGUCCGUGAAAAGGUGCGCCAGGUCUUGGAGGAUGACACUGACCUCGGAGAGAGACGUGCGAGAAUGUGUGACGAGAACGAUUUCUUGAAGUUGCUGUGGGCAUUCAACCAAAAGGGAAUUCAUUUCAACUGA